AUUCCGAAUGGUCAUUUCGGAGAUAAAAAUACCUCACAUGGUCACAUUGCGUUAUUUUUUGUUGUGUGUUUACGCUUCAAACAAUCGUUCCAACGCGCAUUAAUUCGUUUUUCGUUUGUUUUUUGUCCUUUUGGUGGAAUUUUUGUUUAUUAAUAGCUUCUUUGCAUCAGUAUUUUUAAUUAAUUAGAUAUUUUCUCAGGUGUUCAUCGUUUCACCGGUAUAUAUAUAAUCCCUAUUCACAAUGUCAGACUCAGCAGGUACAAGGAAACGAGGAAGGCCCGCAAAAGCUGCAGCCGAAACGAAUAAUACUUCUGUCAAAGAGUCAAAAAAGAAGAAGGCCCCUGUUGAAAAAAAAGAAACCAAAACUGAUGAAGAUGCACCAGCAACUAAACGUGGUCGUGGCCGUCCCAAAGGUCUAAAUAAACCAAAAGCGGCGAAAUCUAGUUCGUCAGGCUCACGUGGCCGAGGCAGACCCAAAAAAGCCGAUAAACCCGCUGAAGAAUCUUCGGCCGAAGAAAAUGAUAACGAUACCGAUUAAUUUCGGUAUAUUUAUUGGCCUGUAAGAGAGAUUUCGAGGGAAUGUUUUUUAUAUGAUAGUUAAUCUUAUUAUUAAAAAUAUUUUGUUUUCAAUUCUAGUUCCAAAUUUAAAUUAGUGAUUUCGAUUUUUUCCUAUCUUCUUUUGUAAAUUUGAGAAAUUCCUCGUUUGUUUUUCUUUUUUUCUACGAGUUUGAAUAGUUUUGCACUGCCAAAACUGGUUCCUCUAAUGGUUUCCAGGUUUAGAAUUUGAAUUGUGAAGAAGAAAAAAAUGUGUUACGGAUCAAAAUUAUUUUUGUUUUAUGUGUGACAUCUAAACGAAAAUAUUCUAGUUUGCUCAUAUUUGUUAUAAAAUAUGCGCAUUCUUAUACCUGGCAGAUCCCAUAUUAGAUUUAAGUAAUCCAUUUUUCACUAUUUAUGUUCUUCAAUGUAGACGCGAUAUUUAUUAUCGUGACAAAAUUUUAGAUUGUGUUUGACUGUAUCGAGUGUAUUUAUAUAAUGAAGAUUAAUUGAACCAAUGUUCUGUAACCGCUUUUGUGAAUUAAUACUUUUCAACCAUCUCUAUUGUACCUAGAUAAAUUCUAAUUAUAAGGAACCCAGUACAAAAAGCUUCAUUCAUUUUUCUUUUAGUUUCAAAAAAUCAAAAAUACGUCUGCUGUAAAUCUACGUACACUUCGAGAAUAUUUAUGCUUACUUUUUCAUAUACCUAUUAUUUAGAAUCUCAUUUUAACAUUAAUAACAAUAAUAUGUACUAUGAAUCAUGUAUUAUUCAAUUCAUUAUGUAAAUUGAGUUUUAUUCGAAGAUGAUUAAAUAUUAUAAUUUUCAUUGA